CUUACGCUCUCUGAACCAUGAUCAGCAAUGGAAAUCUUUAAUAUUUUGCUAUUUUUCUCUUUGCUAUACAUGUACACUGGCUCAGCAUGCCAGCUGCUUGGUAAAUUUGAAAUGCCUAGUAUUUUUAAAGCAGGGGACAUAAUGAUUGGAGGAAUUUUUCCCAUUUUUAAUAAACAAGAAAAUGUAAUUGCCUCUUUUGAGAGAAAAAUGCAAAGGAUUAAUUGUACAGGAUUUGACCUACGUGCCUUUCGCUGGACUCAAGUCAUGAUGUUUGCAAUAGAUGAAAUAAACCAAGAUGAGGGUUUGCUUCCUAACAUUUCUUUGGGCUAUAAAAUAAUGGAUUCUUGUGCUUCUCCCACUAAUGUUUUGCGUGCGUCUUUCACACUGGUGAGUGAGCAGAAGGAAGAGGAAUCUACAACUCAGUGUCACCUUCCUCUUACAGCUCUUGUAGCUGAAUCAGGAUCAUCACAGUCCUUAGCUGUUGCUGGAACACUUGGACCAUUCAAAGUGCCAAUGGUAAGUUACUUUUCAACAUGUGCAUGUCUGAGUGACAGAAGAAAAUAUCCAUCUUUUUUUCGUACAAUUCCAAGUGACUACUACCAAGCAAAAGCCUUAGCCUCCCUUGUAAAACGAUAUGGAUGGACUUGGAUUGGAGCUUUGCAGUCUGACAAUGAUUAUGGAAGAAAUGGGAUUUCAGCUUUCAUAAAGGAGGUGGAUAAAAUGGGAGUUUGCAUUGCAUUUGUAGGCACAGUUUUAAGAACAUAUCCCCAAAGUAAAAUCAUUGAAGUUGUUGAAAUGAUAAAACAAUCUACGGUAAAAGUGAUCCUGGCUUUUGUACCAGAGGGAGAUCUCUAUCCCCUAAUGAAAGAAAUUGUGAAACAAAACAUCACAGGAAUCCAGUGGAUUGCAAGUGAAGCCUGGGUAACUGCAGCAAGGCCUUCUACCCCUGAAAUAUUCAAGUCUUUUGGAGGCACAGUUGGAUUUGUGGUACGGAAGAUGGCUAUGCCCAAACUAGGACCUUACCUGAAAAACAUCAGUCCUUAUUCUCCCUCACAAUCUUCUUUUGUCAGUGACUUUUGGGAAACAAUGGUUGGCUGUAAGCCAUGUCUUAAUUGUGAGCCACUGCCAUCUGCAAAUGUUACACGCAACAGCCAAGUGUGCACAGGAGAAGAAAAACUAAAUUACACAGACAAAUUCUUUGAUGUAACACAAGUAAGAGUAACAUAUAAGGUGUAUCAAGCUGUGUAUGCAAUUGCACAUGCUAUUCAUAAAUUGCUGUUUUGUCAAAAGGGUGAAAAUAGUCUUUUGAGACAGUGCCUAAAUGUAUCCCAGAUAACUCCUAAACUGGUCAGCGAUCAGUUACAGAGGGUAUCUUUUGUAGACGGAUAUGGAGAAAAUGUGUUCUUUGAUGAGAACGGAGACCCACCUGCAUCCUACGAGGUCAUAAACUGGCAGCUAAGAGAGGGGGAGGUACAACAUGUUACUGUGGGCUAUUUCAGUACAUCUACAGAUGGAACAUAUAAACUUACAGUUAAAGAGGACAACAUCCGCUGGAACACAGGAAAUUCGAUUCCCAAAGCAGUGUGCUCAGACACCUGCCCAAAUGGCACAAGAAAAGCACAAAUAAAAGGACGGCCUGUUUGCUGCUUUGACUGCAUCCCAUGUGCUGAUGGUUCAAUAUCAAAUACAACAGGAUCAGCAGACUGCACUCUUUGUCCUGAAGAAUACUGGUCAAAUGAGAGACGAGACAAGUGUGUCAUGAAAAUUAUAGAGUUUCUAUCAUAUACAGAGACAAUGGGGAUUAUUCUGACUGCUCUGUCACUCUUUGGAGCCAGUCUUACUGUAGCGAUUAUGACUGUCUUCAUACACUUUAGAGAAACACCUAUAGUGAAAGCUAACAAUUCAGAGCUGAGCUCACUAUUACUUGUUUCACUGUUCUUUUGCUUUCUUUGUCCUCUUACAUUCAUUGGUGAGCCAACAAUGUGGUCAUGUAUGCUACGUCAUACAGCAUUUGGAGUUAUUUUUGCUCUCUGCAUUUCUUGUGUUUUGGGGAAAACCAUAGUAGUUGUUACUGCUUUUAGAGCCACUUUACCAGGAAAUAAAUUGGCUGGAAGGUUUGGGCCAGUACAACAAAGAGUUAUUGUGUUCUCAUGCACUGCAGUUCAAAUAGUCAUCUGCGUACUAUGGCUUAUAAUAAACCCACCAUUUCCAGAAAAAGCUCUUAAGUAUUACAAUAAAAAGAUAAUUUUAGAAUGCAACACAGGUUCAGAUGUUGCAUUUUAUGCAGUUUUAGGAUAUAUUGGUCUUCUUUCAGCAAUCUGUUUGAUUUUGGCAUUUUUAGCUAGAAAACUACCAGACAAUUUUAAUGAGGCCAAAUUCAUUUCAUUCAGUAUGCUUAUAUUUUGUGUUGUCUGGGUAACAUUUAUACCUGCUUAUAUUAGUUCACCUGGCAAGUACACAGUUGCAGUAGAGAUUUUUGCAAUUUUGUCAUCUGCUUUUGGCCUAUUGCUGUGUAUAUUUGUGCCGAAAUCUUACAUUAUUCUCAUAAAACCAGAGAAAAACACUAAAAAACACCUGAUGGGGAAAUUUCAAAAGGCUAGUCUUUGAGGUAGCUACAUAAUGUAAAAACCAAAACAGUUGGAUAUUAAUGUUGUCAUUAUUUGCCAAUACCUGCCCAUGUAUUUGUGCAUUGACAAGAAGAGAGGGAAAAAGGGCAGUUAUUAAUGCAAUCUAAAUAAAAUGCCUCAGUAUAUCGAUGCAUGUGAUUUAAUCAUAAAUGCUAUUUAGUGCCCAGACCUCAACAAGUAUUAGCAAACUAACCAAUAUUAUUUUAUUUUGUUGUCAGUGGGUGAUGGAUGUGUAGUGUACUGCCCUAUGUUGUCAUUUAACAGCAUAACUGGGAAAUAAACAAACAUUACAAAAAGUGUGUUUUUAUUAUUUACAAACCCCAUUUCCAGAAAAGUUGGGAAAAAAUUUCAAUAUUUUCACUGACUAACAUAAUUGCAAUUAGCAGGUGAAUUGAUAAUUAGCAGGUGAAUUGGUAAUAUUUGAGGGUAUCGUGUUUGGGUGUAAAAGAGCUUCUCAGUCUUUGCAACAAAAGAUGGGUUAUGGCUCACCACUUUGUGCCAAAUGACACGAGAAAUGUCAAACAAUUCAAAAAUCACAUUUCUCAAUAAAAGAUUGCAAAGAAUUUAUGUCUUUCUCCAUCUACAAUACAAAACAUUGUAAAAAGAUUCAGGGAAUCCAGAGAAAUCUCUAUAUA